AUGAAAGAGAUAUUUAGAAAACAGGGGGACCGUCGGGUCGCGUUUCCGCAGAAAAUUGAGGGAGCGAUCGAUACACCAGAAGGUGUGCAUCUGUUCUUCGGGGAGAUGAUGUGGGCGACCGACCCAUCCGUUGGCGGAGACACCGUGAGCCAUGCCAGGAUCAACGUCGUUCCGGUGGUAGUAUUGCUGCAACCAAUCGACGUAGUCGUUGUCAUCUCCGCGAGUGGCAUCCGCCAACUGGAGAUGAUCGAAGCCGUAUCGCUUACGCGCUGGCAUCAGAUGCAGUUUGCCAAUCAUUUCGGUUUGAUAACCGGCUGCGGACAAUUCACCUGCCAAGGUAUGCGGCGGGUUCCACUGUGCACCUCUAAAUCCUACACCACCGUUGGCUGCAGGGCGCGGUGCCAGUCAUCAGACUGCGGCGUGCCGGAAUACAACUCGGACAUUCAGCAUACCCGCGGCGAAAAUGCGUGCCGGUAUGACCGAUCCAGUCCAAGUUUGGUGUUUGUAGGCAGUUCGGUCCGUCGGGAUCCAAGCCGAGACAGUCGCCGCGUUGUUGGUCAGUAG